AUGUCCACUGCAGACCACAGCUCGCUCCUGUCCGAAAGCCUGCACAAGCUGCAGCUCGACAAACACGACCCGGAGCCUCAUGGCGACAGCGACUCUCCAGCACGAGGCGGAGGCAGCGAGCAGCCCGGACUUGGGCGAGCCGCAUGGAGUGCUCAUGUACGCGAGGGCUACGGCUUCCGCCCAGCCUCGGGACAGUCUACUCCUCUCAGCACGUCGAUUUCCGGCGUCGACACGGGCAGUCCCCUGCCCGAUCCGAACGGUCUCGGAUGGCCCGCCAAGUCCACUUUAUCUCGGCUGAAUGCCACGCCCGCAGAGCGUGCAGAACGCGAGCAGAGACUUGCCGGUGCCGUCCGCACCAUCCUCGAAUGCAUCGGCGAAGAUCCCGACAGGGAAGGCCUUCUCCGCACCCCAGAGCGCUAUGCACAAGCACUCAUGUGGAUGACCAAGGGGUAUGAGGAACGUCUGGCAGAUGUCAUAAACGACGCCAUUUUUGCCGAGGACCACGAAGAGAUGGUUAUUGUUCGCGACAUUGACAUCUCUAGCUUGUGCGAGCAUCACCUUGUCCCCUUUAUGGGCAAGAUUGCAAUAGCUUAUAUCCCCAACAACCUUGUUCUCGGCCUAUCCAAGCUGGCGCGCAUUGCAGAGACAUUUGGUCGCCGUCUUCAAGUCCAAGAACGUCUCACGAAGCAGAUAGCACUCGCUGUCCAGGAGGCCAUCAAACCCCGUGGUGUUGCAGUUGUGAUGGAAGCAACCCAUCUUUGUAUGACCAUGCGUGGUGUUCAAAAGCCAGGGUCUAUGACUGUCACAUCAUGCAUGCUUGGAUGUUUCCGGACACAACAAAAGACGCGCGAAGAAUUCUUGACAUUGAUCAAGCGUUAG